AUGUCGCAAAACAAAUCCACAGCUUCUGUCAGUAAUGGUUCUGGUAGUAAAGAUUUAAGUUGUUUACGGUGUCGUAAAAAGAAAGCAAAAUGCUCAAAAACUCGACCAGCAUGCACUCGUUGUGCUCGUUCGAAUCAACCUUGCGAGUAUCCUGAUGCACCACCGAAUCUCACGGAUUUAUCCCAGAAAGUGUUGAGCUUGUACGACACGCUACGAGAACUCGAAGAUAAAUUUAUGCUCCAAUACGCUGUUCAGGAACAAGAGCAAACCGAACAACUGGCCCGUGCAGGCGAAAAACGACGAAGACGAAGCAGUAGUGGAUACAGUAAUCCAAAAUCGCCACCUGAUGAUUUACCAAGUAUUGAAACCUUGACGCUAUUAAACCCAGCAAAACGAUCUCGACAGCACUCUUUGCAACGAUCCUUGAAAGAAGAACAUAUGCAACCACCGGAGUAUGAGGAACAGGAACAAGAAGACGAUCCGUCUUUUAUUGCUCAAAAGUCGUUGCCUGGAAACUGGUCCAUGUCACUCACGUCUGACGGCUUGUCUUUACACGCGGUAGCACGCAAUAUGAUUGAAUUUUCAACGUUUGCCAAAGACUUCUCACAUCAACUGCGUAACAAUGAUCCAGAAAACAAAUUGACAAAGAGUUGGGAAUGGUACGAGGAGGAAACGAUAGCCGAAGACGAAGACGAUCCGUUGGAUGAAGAUGAGUACCUGUCGUCACCAAAACAACGACAACGACACUUCUGUAUAUAA